AUCAUGGAAAUAUAUAUAAUUUUCAUUACUAGAUGUAUAUUUUUAAAGUUUUCUGAGUUGUGAAUAAAGCAGGCAGAUAUUGCUUUUUUUUAAAUGUUUUUUUUUUUCCUUUUUUGGUACCAGGGAUUGAACCCAGGAGUACCUUAUCAUGGAGCCACAUCUCAGCCCUUUCUUGUAUUUUAUUUAGAGACAGGGUCUCCUUAAGUUGCUGAGGCUGGUUUUGAACUCAUGAUCCUGCUGCCUCAGCCUCCCAAGUCACUGGGAUUACAAGCAGGUGCCACCAUGCCCGGCCAAAUAUUGAUUUUAUACUCAGAAUAAAUACUUUUCAAUAUAUUGGGAGCUUGGGAAGCUGUGAGGAUGGCCUUAAGCCUGAGCCUAAGCAACUCCAUUUCAAAAACUCCAAUUUGAAACCUGCAGUGUCACCAGGCACAGCCAACAGAUCCCUCCAGUAAGGCCACAAACACAUUACUUCCCCUCUCCCUGAUAAACAGAGUGAAGUCUCUGGCAGGCUGUCCUAGCCUGACAGGAGGGAAAGGGAAAAGAUCAGGGUAGAGACCACCAGACCAGAUGUUUCUGACCCCAGGGUAAAUGACGUCAUGGAGAAAUAUGGUGGUAGCUGAUAUGGAUUGAAAGGGGGGUCAAAAGCCCCCAAAUUUAGUAUAAAUAAUAGAGUUAAUGAAAAGGGAUUCAACCAGCUGAAACAAGGAUGUACUGGAGCUGGAGAGCCUAAUGAGGACCUGACAUCUCAUCACUUGUCAUCAUUUCUUGAUCCUCUGUGUGGUCCUCACGGCUCUCAAACUCUACCACCUCGUCUGGACCUUGGUGAGAGCCACAACUUCUCCAUACCGCCCUCUCCUCAACCAGUCUCCACUCCACACCAGGAAAAGCCUACCUUAGUUCUAGAUCUGAUCACCGUGGCCUGAGCGAGUGUGCAUCUGCUGGACAUAAAGCCUAAGGCUUACUUUUGAACUUAGCAUGCAGAGGGAAUGUCUGUCAUUAGCCUGUCAUGGUUAAGUGUGUUUGCAGUGCCUAGAAUUAAUCUAGAAUUAUUUUCAGUGAAUUAAUUAAUCUAGAAUUAUUUGCUGUGAAUUAUGCCCAUUGCAGUGACUAGCCUUAAGAAUUGUCGUUUUCUUGAUUAACAACCUAUAGUGUCAGCUCUCUGGAGGCAGCUAGCAGACUGGAGGCAGCUAGCACGAGGCUAGGGAGCGCUGAGCCGCCCGUUGUGCCCUGCGAUGCCCAGACUAGCGAACAAUACAGUCAGGAUGGCUAAACGUGACCCCAAGAAACCAAAGGGCAAGAUGUCUGCUUAUGCCUUCGUUGUGCAGACUUGCAGAGAAGAACAUAAGAAGAAAAAUCCAGAAGUCCCUGUCAAUUUUGCAGAAUUUUCCAAGAAGUGCUCUGAGAGGUGGAAGACAAUGUCUGGGAAAGAGAAAUCUAAAUUUGAUGAAAUGGCAAAGGCAGAUAAAGUACGCUAUGAUCGGGAAAUGAAGGACUAUGGACCAGCUAAGGGAGGCAAGAAGAAAAAGGACCCUAAUGCCCCCAAAAGACCACCAUCUGGAUUCUUCUUGUUCUGUUCAGAAUUCCACCCCAAGAUCAAGUCCACAAAUCCUGGUAUCUCCAUUGGAGAUGUGGCAAAAAAGCUGGGUGAGAUGUGGAAUAACUUAAGUGACAGUGAAAAGCAGCCAUACAUCACUAAGGCUGCAAAGCUGAAGGAGAAAUACGAGAAGGAUGUUGCUGACUAUAAGUCUAAAGGAAAGUUUGAUGGCACAAAGGGUCCUUCUAAAGUUGCCUGGAAAAAAGUGGAAGAGGAAGAGGAAGAAGAGGAGGAAGAAGAAGAAGAGGAGGAGGAGGAUGAAUAAAAAACUGUUUACCCGUCUUCUUGUAAAUACCUUAGAGUAGGGGAACGCCAUGAUUGACACAUCUUAUUUGAGAUGUGUCUGUUACUCUCAUUAGGUUUAAUUUCCGAAUUUGAUCACGAUCAUAUUGUAGUCUCUCAAAGUGCUCUAGAAAUUGUCAGUGGUUUACAUGAAGUGGCCCUGGGUGUCCAGAGCACUCUAAAACUGUAUCAAAGUUGUACAGAUUUCCAAACAUUUUUAAAAUAAAAAGGCACUCUCGUGUUCUCCUGACUCUGUGCACUUUGCUGUUGGUGUGACAAGGCAUUUGAAGAUGUUUCUGGUAUUUUUUUUUUAACUUGUAAGGUGGUGUUAACUAUAUGGUUAUUGGCUAGAAAUCCUCAGUUAUCAACUGUACAUAUAUAUAGUCUGUAAAAAGAACAAAACAACCGAGACAAACUCUUGAUGCUCCUUGCUUGGUGUUAAGGCUGUGGGGGGAAGAUGCCUUUUGGAGGGGCCGUAGCUCAGGGCCUGCACUGUGAGGCUGGACCUGUUGACACUGCAGUGGGCAUCCAUUUAGCUUUAGGUUGUCUUGUUUUUGUAUAUAGUGAUAUAGCAUUCUGCUGCCUUUCUUAGUUGUGGAAAAAGGGGGUCAGCUGGCAUGAGAAGUGUUUGAAUUUUUUUUAAUUAAGUUUGGUAGAUUUUAAACUUUGUUUUCAAGCAAACUGUAGAACUCUUCAUUGUCAGCAAAGAGCCACUGCAUCAAUGAAAGUUCCAGAACCUUCUGUACUUAAAUGCAAUUUGCAAUGUUAUGUUAUUUUUUUUGUAUGUUUAGAAUGCUGAAAUGUUUUUGAAGUUAAAUAAACAGUAUUACAUUAAAAAAAACCUAUAGUGUGAAAUUGUAUUGA